AUGGCAGCUACAAUGGUGGAGUCACCACCCCCACAGUUGAUCACCACUAUAGAAUGGAGUAUGAUGGAUAAAAAUAAAUUCUUCCCCCUCUACACAUUGAGCAGUUUUACAGUCCGCUGCGCACUCUACCCCUUGACCCUGGUGAAGACACAAAUACAAGUUCAGCGUAAGAAGGAGGCAUACAAAGGUGUCACAGACGCUAUCACAAAAAUCUACCGCAAUGAGGGAAUCUCUGGUCUCUAUCGAGGCUUCUGGUUGUCUAGUUUUCAAAUAAUCUCGGGAGUGUUCUAUAUAUCGACGUACGAAGGCGUGAGACAUGAACUGGGUAAAUACGACGUCAGUCCAAAAAUGAAGUCUUUCAUAGGCGGCGGUUGCGCGUCCCUGGUGGGCCAGACCGUGAUAGUGCCGUUCGACGUACUCAGCCAACACCUCAUGGUGCUAGGACUCGCUAAGGGAAGACCUGGUGCUAGUAAAAACCCUAAACUGAACCCGCUCGGUCUGGACCUUGAGCAAAGGUUUUCGAAGUCGGCGCUGGCAAGGGAGGUGGCGCUGAGGGUGUACAAGCUCCACGGACCACUCGGCUACUACAAAGGCUAUGCGGCUUCCCUGGCGGCGUACGUGCCAAACUCUGCUCUUUGGUGGGCUCUUUACACUGCUUACCAAGACGAACUUCUCAAGAUAAGCCCGUCGUGGGUAUCGCAUCUGUUCAUUCAGUGUGUCGCCGGCACCUUGGGCGGGUUCACCACCACAAUCCUGACGAAUCCCCUCGAUAUUGUGCGAGCGAGGCUGCAGGUGGAGGGUGUGGGUUCUAUGCGCCAGGUGUUCAAAGAACUCUGGAGGGAAGAAGGACUGUCGGGGUUGUACGCCAAGGGCCUGUCAGCUCGCCUGGCACAGUCAGCCUGCUUCUCUUUUUCCAUCAUCCUAGGAUACGAGACCAUCAAGAGAUUUAGCGUUAGUGACGAGUAUAGGACGCGAGUACGCUGGUGA